CUUUCAACCAGCUUUUUUUUUCCCACCCUUUCUCCUCCGCUCCUGUCUGCGACGUUUGCUUCCCUUCAAGUCGGCGCCUCCGUAGUAGUCUCCGUCUCCGUCGUUUGCUUCCCUUCAAGUCGGAGAAGGAAAAACCGGCGACCCCAAGCUUCCGUCUCUUCGUCGUUUGCUUCGCUUCAAGAUCCGCUCGAGGAAACGAUUUGGUCGAGGGAUGGAGAAUCAAAAUGGCUCAUUUCGUCCGAAAUUUUAUUCUCAAAAUAGAGAUAGUCAAGAGAGUCAAGAGAGUAGAAAUUCAAAUGCAGCACUUCAUGAUAAUAGCCCUACAGAAAGAAUGCCCCAAAUUCCAUUCUUAUUUGGGUCUUUCCAAACUCCAACAUCUGGAUAUGGUUCUUUCCAAAAUCCUAUGUCAGGUAUGAUGCCUCCUCCUUAUGCUUGUGGACCAUGGAUGCAAUUUUUAAAUGGUACACCAAUGCCACAAAUGAGAUCACAAAGUUCACCCAUGAGUGGAACGCCAAGAUCAUUAUCAUUUGAACUCCCCUCAUCGGAAGCUAGUGGUGGGUCUAAGAGGGUAGCUCGUGAACAAGAUGAGGAAGUUUCGUCACCUUCAAAAAAACUUAAUCAAACUGUGAAAGUGAAGAAAGCUGGAAACAUCAUGUGGGAUGAUGAGCUUGAUGAUUUCCUCAUUCCUUUCUUGGCCAAUGAAGCUAGGAAUGGUGGAAAGUGUGAUAAGAGUAUGCGGUCUAGGGCAUUCAAUAAUGCGGCUAAAGCAUGUACUAAAAAAUUCUAUCAGUUAUUUACCAAGGACAAUGUGGGAAACCACUAUAGAACUCUCCAGAAUCAUUAUCUAGACAUGCGAAAAUGUUAUGAAAUCAGUGGCGCCGGUUGGGAUGAAGAAACAAAAACAAUAACACUUGAUCCAAGUGUUUAUAGCACAUGGGCAAGGAAAAAUCCAAGACUCAAGGACUACGUGAACAAGCCUUUGAAGCACUACGAUGACUUGAAGCUAAUUAUCGGAGAUGAUUUCGUAACUGGAGAGUUUAAAAAGAAUGCAUACGAUAAUUUUGAAGGAGUAGCCAAUGAGGUAAUUGAUCUUGACUUACCCGUUGAGAAUGAUAGCUCUCCUAUUCAAGUUGGAUCAUCCACGGAGGUGAAAGCUAACAAGAUGAAAAAUGCAAAAACUAAAGUUAGAAUUGACAAAUCAUCACGUGCAAACAAACGUCGUCUUGUACGAAAUGAGGAUUCCGAGGAGAUGACAAGUUUUCUUGAGAAAGUGCGAGAAAUUGCAUGCGCAAUUAAAGAGGGCAAUCAACACUAUAGUGUAAAAUUGGCCGAGAGCAUAUAUUCUCUUCGUGAAUUCCCACAACAUGUAUUGGAUCAUGCGCUCGAUCAUCUAUAUGAUAAUGAAAAGCAAGCUAGGCUAUUCAUAGUGAAGCCAUUGGAAUCUCAAGUGGCUUGGAUGAAAGACCAUGUCUUGAAGUAUCACUUGGACAACAAUAGAAAUGUUGGGGAUGAUAUUGACGAGGAUUCAAGCUAGGAAUGAGUUAUUUUGGAUAGAAGAAAAUACCUUUUGUUAAAUAUUUUAGUGAAUUUAAACUUUAAUAUAGGCUUUGAUUUAUUUUACUUACUUUUGUUGUGGGUCGGAUGACUAAACUUUAUUUUUGGUUGUUAUGUUGUGGGUUGGAUGAGUUAUUUUGGAUAGAAGAUGAUACGAAAACCCUAACCUUUUGUUGAAUAUUUGGGUGAAUUUGAACUUUAAUGUAGGCUUUGAUUUAUUUUA